AUGUCGAAGGAAAUGGAGCACUACGCGGAGAACCGCCCCUCCGAUGAGGAGAUCGCUACUGGUGCUGCACCUGUCGAGCGCAUCACGGUCGAACCAAAGGGCACCUCGACGACUCCAGACGCAUCGAGCGCCCCUACUUCUCGACACCAUCAUGGCCCGGUGGAGAUGGUUGGUGCGGAUACGACAGAGCAGCCGCCUUUGCAGACCACCGUGGCCGAAGUCGAAGGGCGCAAGUCUCGUUUUGGCUACCUCCGCCGCAAGCAGUUCUGGAUUGUCCUGAUCCUGUCCCAGGCACUGGCACUCACAAUCACUGGCACAAACACCACGACGACCCUUCUUUCUAUGGAAGGGACUUCAAUCCCUGCUUUCCAGACCUUGUUCAAUUACAUUCUUCUCAAUCUCAUUUACACGACUUUGACGAUUUACAAGUACGGGCCGAAGAAAUAUGGCAUGCUCCUCUGGAAGGACGGCUGGCGUUACUUGAUCCUGGCUUUCUGCGAUGUCCUGGGUAACUACUUCACCGUUCUGGCAUACCGAUACACCACCAUCCUCUCCGCACAGCUCAUCAACUUUUGGGCCAUCGCUGUGGUCGUACUCAUUUCCCUUAUCUUCUUGAAGGUGCGAUAUCACAUCUUCCAGUACGCAGGUAUCCUGAUUUGCUGCGGUGGCCUCGGCAUGCUCGUGGCUUCUGAUCAUAUUACCGGUUCAAAUGGCGGACCAGCUCUGGAUGCCGUCAAGGGAGAUUUGUUCGCUCUGGUUGGUGCUACUUUCUACGGACUUUCGAAUGUUUUCGAGGAGUUCCUGGUCAGCAAGCGUCCUCUGUACGAAGUCAUCGGCCAGCUUGCUUUCUGGGCACUGCCCAUCAACGGCGCCAUCUGCGGUAUCUUCGACCGCAACUCCAUCAAACAUGCGACCUGGAACCACAAAGUUGCUGGCUACCUUGUGGGCUACACUUUGCUAUUGUCUUGGUUCUACUCAGCAGUACCAAUCGUUCUUCGCAUGGCAUCUGCGGCGUUCUUCAACAUAGGAUUGUUGACUGGCAACUUCUGGGGCGUCAUUGUUGGCAUUAAGGUCUUCCAUUACCACGUGCACUGGAUGUAUCCUAUUGCAUUUGUGCUUAUCAUGGUGGGCCACUUUGUAUACUAUGGCACGGAGGGCGUUUUGGGCGAGGCGAAGAAGCCCUGGCUGGGAGAGAACCAGGAAGGCGGCAACGACGGCAUCGGAACUGCGCGACGACAGCUUGAGCACCCUGGUGUGACUUUGUAG